AUGAKUGAUUUAAUUGACCUACAAAAAGACUGCCAACAUCUCAACACUCAAAUGAUUGCAUUAUUGGAAGUGUUAUCGCAAAGCAGUCAAAGCAGUCAAAGUGGUCAACAAAGCCAUAGUGACAACCAAUUGAAAACCACAUUUUGUGGUCGUUUAGCAAUUUUUGCCAAUUGGUUGUUGUGUUUAAUGACUUCUAGGAUAAGUGAGACACCGGAUGUCAUUACAUGUGAUAAUGAUUCGGCCGUCGAAUGUUCGGGUAAUCAAUUGACACCACAUUUGAUAUAUAAACCCAAUUUAGUGACUUUCGCUUCAAAAACAUUACAAGAAUUAUUAAGAAAUGAAUCAAUAAAUACUUAUUUUUCAAUAAUUAAUUUCGAGAAUUCAGUUAAAAAGAUAGUUAAUAAUGAGGUUAUAAUUCAUUUUCAAUUGGAUCUCAAUCUUUAUUCGGAUGUCGAGACCAACGAAAAUAAUGAAGAUUCACAUUCAACACAAUCCACACAAAGUUAUGACCAAAACUCACAGAUCAAUAGUUUGGAGUCAAUCAAUACAAAUGAUGAACACAACAACAUUGAAGUCAUCAAAUUGGAUUCGACAGCAAUCGGUAUUCAGUCGAGUGAAGGCCUUGUGUUGGCCGUCGAGAAGAGAGUUACUUCAAGUCUGAUGGAAGUGGCGGCCACUGAGAAGAUAUCUGAAAUCGAUAAACACAUUGGAUGUGCGGUCAGUGGUCUAAUGGCUGAUAGUAGGACAUUGGUUGAUAGGGCACGUGUUGAGGCACAGAACCAUUGGCUUCUGUACAACGAAAAGAUGUCCGUCGAGUCGGUAACUCAGACCGUGUCAAACUUGGCCAUACAGUUCGGUGAUUCGGACAAUGAGGGAAAUGCUAUGAGUCGGCCGUUUGGUGUGGCCAUACUGUUUGCCGGUAUCGAUGAGAAAGGCCCUCAAUUGUAUUAUAUGGAUCCGUCGGGAACUUAUGUCCAGUGCGACGCUAAGGCUAUCGGUGCCGGUUGUGAGGGCGCACAACAAGCUCUUCAAGAAGGUUACCAUAAGGCAAUAAGUAUGAAGGAAGCGCUUAAAGUAUUGCUAAAUAUAUUGAAACAAGUGAUGGAAGAAAAACUGAAUUCAACUAAUGUUGAAGUGGCGACCAUUACGAAGGAAAAGGGAUACCUUUUGUUCUCUAAAGAAGAAGUGGAAACAACACUCGCAGACAUUGCAUCCACUUCUUAA